CGAACAUCAGUCAGUCAGUUCGCGAAUCUCGUCGCGUAUGAAGUGAUUGCUCACAAUUUUCAUCAUUUUUGCUUCAAGUGUAAAAUGGAUCGCUAUUUUCAAAGGUAAAUAUGUUAAUGUUUGCUGUUAUAUGCGCAAUGGUGGCUGGGGCAAGUGCUGUUCCAGGAUACGCAAGUAGCCAGUACAACAGUGCCGGUACGUCAUCUGGUGUGUACAAUCAGGUCCACGAUGAUGUCUAUGCUGACAAGUACCCCUAUGCCCAAACAGGUUUCGGUGGCGCUAGCGCCGGUUCUGGCGUCUUCAUACCUGGCUUUGCCCCUUUCCAGCAGGUUCCAGCGUUUCCGAACAGCGUAGACUUCAAUCAAUUCUUCCAGAGUCUGCAAGCUAAUUUCGCUAAUUUAGCUGCUCAGGUUUACGCAGCUGACGGAGCAACGGUUGCAGCUUCGGCCUGGCAGACUGCGGAUCCCCAAGGCCGCCGUAAUCGUCAGCAUCAGCAUCAACGUCAUGGCUAUCCUUCCAACACUGUUCAUAAUAAUUACCCCCAGAGGAACGAUGGUCACAAUAACAACUAUUAUCCUAAUAAUCUGUAUCAGCAACAAUUGGCGCAUCAAAACGCUCUGUUCAACACCAUCCGUCAGCAGCAGAAUGCUUUUGCUGCGAAUGCUGCCGGCGCAGCAGCUGGUGCAGCCGGUAGUGCCGAGGGUGCGCAUGUCGGUGGAGGAAGUGCAGACCUAGGUGGUAAUUACGCUGGAGCUUCGGCAUCGUACGGCCCGGAAGGAUUCCAACAAACGGCCCAUAUCUUCCCGACGAAUCCGGAAUCGCCUAAUGUCAAUACUCGCUUCGGUGGAGAGGGUAUCCCACAGGGUGGAUCAGGUUUCGUCGGUGUGUCCAGCUUUUCAUCUUCGACCAACCUGAAUGGACAAACUCAUCGUGAAGCGGUGACCUCGGUGAAUGACAACGGAAAGGUUACAACCUAUCGUGUUCGCUCUUAAGCGGUUCCAAACAGGGGAAGCGGUCAUCUUGGAGAUAUUGGCCAGUGAGAGAUCUAAACAGUGAAUGAUAAGGAAUAUAGCAUAACAAAGUAAGGGCACGGACAUUGUGAUGAAUCGAGGCAUUGGAAUAUAUUAUUAAAGGGAAUGGCGAGAAACAAUCGCUUAGAGCAGCACACUUACAGUUGGAAUGAAAGAAUCUCAUGUAAUAUAUCUAUCGAAGAUAAAGAUUAAAAACAAAAUUAA